AUGGAUGCCACUCGGUCAGCGGCCCCAGCGGUCGAGACUGCAGUUACCGAGGACCUCGAGAUCUCAAAGCCAAGCACAGAACCUAUUUCAGAGCAAAAUGAGACAUCAAGUACCUCGAAAACGGUUCGAAGCUUGACAGAUGCUCUCCUCAACUUUCUAGCCAGCGCGAGCAACGAAACUCUUGGAGCAUGUGCAGUUGCGCUUUGUGCUUCAACGUAUCUAGUCCUGGGAAGAGUCGGCCUGGUGUUGAUUGGGACAGUCAUCGGAGUCGUACUACAGGCUACUUGGGAGGGCUCAAGCGAUGAGGCAGAUGGCACGCACAAUGGCCAGCAGAAGAGCACCAGCAAGAGAAAAGAGCUUGGGAUUGAAGUCGCUAAGAGGCUCCUGGAUUGGAAGGACAGAACAAGAGGUCUGGAGAAUGGAACAGAAGAUCAGGAUGUCAAGGUUGAGGCGUCGCUUGCAACAAAGCCACUCGACUACUCCGAGUUCCAACCGGCAACGGCGGCCGCAUUGACCGCCUUCACAGAUGCGAUCAUACGGGACUACGUUAAAUGGUGGUACACUCCAAUCUUGCCGGUCGACAACACCUUCCCGCUUGCCUGCAGACAAACGUUAACAAGCUUCAUUCUUUCAAUCUCCAAUCAUCUGUCGAGAAAGCGACCUGCAGAUCCAUUCCUCGACUUUGUGACAAAUUCCACCUCUAUCAUAAUUGUGUUCCUGAGCGAACUAUCCACUGCUCUUCGUAUUGGCCAAGGUCAAUCUGCUGAGGACGCCGUCCAUCAAUACCUCCGAGAUGAGCCUGAGAGUAACCUGGCCAAUGUCCUUAGCCAGCAGCAACAAGAACAUAAGCUACGCUUGGUAGCCGACGACAUCCUGGCAAGCUUUCUUGACACCAAAGCAUUCAACUUUCCACCAUCAAAAACGUUCCUUCGAGAAAUACUCGCAGGGGUUGUUCUGGAAAUGACGAUCAGGAAUUGCUCUAAACCAGAGUGGAUAAAUGGCUGGAUUGUAUAUCUGCUAGAAGAUGGAGAACCAGAGAUCAUGAAUGCCAUCGAUGCAGGUGUCGAGAGCAUGGGAACCGCCACACAGAACAUGCCCAAGUCGCCAGUUCAGAUCGAUGCUGAAAAGAAGCAUGCACGCCGGAUGAGCAGGGCCGAGGAGGCCAUGCAAGAAGCAAUGUCGGAGGCAAAACGUUUGAGCGAGAUGAUUGCCGAAGAGGAUGCGCGCAGAAAACGAAACCCACCGUCGAUUGCUGAGAACGAUGAUGCAAUUUCCACAGCUACUACCGAAGGAAUGGCGACCCCAACCUCCUCAGACAGUGAUCGAAACCGGAUGCAUGAACGGUCCAUGGACUCGUCGAUGGAUCUGCAGCCAACCACCGAAGAAGGCGCGUCACAGGGAACCACACUAACGCAAGCCAACACAUUCACCGAUUUCGGCCAGCUCGUUCCUUCAGAGGUACCAACAGCGCUGAGGACAUCUCACACCCCGUCGCCGGUGACAUACCCGAGCUCGUCAAGCGUUUUGACACUCCACAAUGCCGCUGUCACGAUUAUGGAUGAGGGAGAUGCUAACGAUAGAUCUACACUACGAUCCAAGCCGGCGGUGGAAUAUCUUCUGCAAAUUGAGCCAGCUGUCUCUAAGUUCCCUGGUUGGAUGAUGGUGAGGAGAUAUCAGGACUUUGAGGCGCUGCACGAGGUACUGCGUAGGAUAUCAAUCAUAUCUGGCGUGCCUGAAUUUGUCGAAAAGCACGCUGUACUCCCAAGCUGGAAAGGUCAAACCAAACACUAUCUACGCCAGAACCUUGAACGAUACUUGCAACAUGCUUUACGAUAUGAGCCACUAGCUGAGAGUGAAGCAAUGAAGAAAUUUUUAGAGAAGGAGACGGGCCUUCAAAAAGCGCCCAGCCCUACCAAGAAUAUCUUUCCAUUUCAGGGACCAGCCGCUCUGGAGAAUAUGGGCAAAGGCUUUGUAAAUGUUCUCGGCCAAGCACCAAAGGGUCUUGCAGGUGGUGGCAAGGCUGUGCUGGGUGGUGUACAAGGUGUGUUUGGCGCCGUUGGUGGCGGAUUGAAAAAGCCUCCCCCUGGCACGGCACGAUCAACGAAGUCUGCCUCCGUCGUAAGCCUGCAAAACCCAGAUAGCCAGCAACCAGGAAGAGCCAGCCAAGACAGCGUCUCUGUGAGCUUGAGUCCAACGGAGGUCAAGGAGCAACGUCCUACACCUUCUCGCCAAAGCAGUGACUUGAGAACAUACAGCGGCCAGGCAUCACCAAGGAGGAGCGGACAGGGUGAGUCGAUGGAGAAUCUUCAUCUUCCGCCGCCACCAAGCGAUAUAUCGGAUGACUAUGGGCAGUCGGAAACAGCAACGACUCAUAUCAAGACAUCUUCUAUAUCGCAUGCGGCAUCAAGCGAGUCUCAGCCGACUCUCCCUUCUCCUGCUAUAUCUGGUCCCGUCCAGUCAGAAGCAUCCAGGACCAACACUGCAUCCUCAACUAGAGCGAAUAACAACAGACCCAUCACCGAGGAAGAAACGCGUGCGUCCAUUGAAUUGAUGUUCGCGGUAAUCACCGAACUAUAUACUCUCUCCUCCGCCUGGACCAUCCGCCUGUCUCUUCUUGCCGCUGCAAAGACCUUUCUCCUCCGCCCAAACAAUCCGCAAUUAGAAUCUAUCCGUCUCUUGCUGCAGGACAGCAUCAUCGAUGCGAACUUCGUCUCCGACACAGGUCUGGCGGGCCAUAUACUGAAGCUCAGGGAAAACACCUUGCCCACGGAGGAAGAGCUAAAGCAGUGGCCGCCUGAGAUGACUGCGGCUGAACAGGAGAAGCUGAGAGUGAAAGCGAGGAAGCUCUUGGUGGAGAAGGGUAUGCCUCAAGCCUUGACAAGCGUUAUGGGUAGUGCUGCCAGCGGCGAAGCGCUGGGGAGAGUCUUUGACUGUCUCCAGGUGGAGGAAGUUGCUCGGGGUCUGAUAUUUGCGUUGCUGUUGCAGGCAUUGAGAGCGACGACGCAAUGA